AUGAAGAAAGAAGUUGACAGAGAUUCCUUAGUUCACAGUAGGUCAGCUAAGGUUGCUAGUGAGUGGGAACAAGAGUAUCUAGAUGGUGAAUAUGAUGGUCAGAAACGCAAGGAACCGCACCGCAAUGAUGAUCGGAUAUUGAGAAAGGAUUUAGGUCCAUUGCAGGAUCACCUAUUUCAAAUUCUACAGGCCCAAUCACCAGAAAAUCGAUGGUAUAAUUCCAAUCAAGUGGAGAAAAUUUUGGGUGAUGCGAUCCAACACGCAAGAGCUCAAAGACCUCGAAUCAAGCUUUUACAACAGUCUUGUUGUGAUUACCCGAUGAAGAAUACGGCUUGUACCAAUGGAAAACAAGUUAUAGAUUCAGGACAAGCUAAUAGGGUUUGGGAGCGAGGCAGAUUAUGGGUUGGAAAGGUAUUGUGUCUAGAAUUAGACUCUUGUGAGUACAAGAAGCAGAGUAAGUUGGUCGUUGAGCACAUUAGGAGUAUGUACAAGCGAGAAACAAACCAACGGAUUUCUUGCAUGGGUUGUGUGUGGGAUCCUGGUGGAAUUUCAUGUUCAAAAGCUCAGGAGAUUUGGUUAGGGACUUAUUUUCCUGAGUAUAAGAAGCUUAUUUGGCUGGUCGUAGAUCAAUGUUUAGGGGUAUAUGCUCUUAACAGAGGUGUUGAUGAUAGUGUGUGUCUAGCAUUUGGAAUCUGUUUUGGCUACAAACGACUUUUCGAUCCAGGAGGAGCUAACUGUGGUUUGGAGUUUGUUGCUGUUUUUGCUGUUAAGGGAAGCAAGGUUCAUGGCUGUGUAUGGCGGUCUUGUCGUGAUUUGGUAGAAGAUUAUGCAAGUUGUAUCAGUUGCGGGAAUUCGAGACAAAAAGGUGCUCGACUGAUAGAACCAAGCUCUGCAAUGAGGGCUGGAAUUCUAGGCUAUAAUGGUACUUCAUGGAAAACAGUAGAAAACAUAAUUGUGGAACAAGCUGAAAGAGCAAUUCCAGAUCAUGAAAGUGUGGAUUUAAGACCGCCGGAGCUCAAUCACAACCUUGAGGACAAGGUGUAUUUUUCAGGGGCGAGUAAUGGUAUGAGCAGAAUUUUGGUUAGUGAGGCAGUAAAGAAGAAGUUAAGAGUUGAUAAAGAUGAUGCUAAGAAGGUCAUAGGAGAUGUUAAGCUAAGUAAUGUUAUAGAUGGGAUAGAGAGGCUUAAGAACAUAUUUAUAGGAGCUGUUAUGAUCCUAUUAGCCUUGGUUAUGGAGGAAAUUGAGGUUGGGUUCUCAGGAGGUGGUAGUGGAAGGUACGUAAGGAUUGGUUGUGAGGAUAAAGCUGAUGUGGAUAUAGGGGAAACUGGAAUAGUGCUGAGGCAUAUAUCUCAGAGAAGGUGUUAUAAGAAGGUCCAUAUUACCAUGUUGGAAUACUUGCUUGAUAUGAGACAACAAAUUUUGGAAGAGUUAAGAACUGAAUCGUUUGAAGCCACUAUGGAGCGUUCAAGGGCAGAUGCUGGAAGGGAAACUGAAGCUGAAGGCGACUUAUGGGCGGAAGGCGACUUGUGCUGUUAA